AUGCAGCUCCUUCGUCAAUACACAGUAAGUAGCAGUUCGCGGAUUUUGGGACUCCUGCAUCAUUCUAUUGAUAAUUUAGAUCCAAUUCCCACACUACCGCCACCCCAUGGCAACGGCACACAAGCGACGGUCGACCAACCGUCGCUCUAUAUAGAUUACCUCAUCGAGAAUCAAGAAGCCACAGGCCAGGCACAUGAUUUAGACAUACCAUUCAAGUUGGGUAACAAUGGGCUCGAACGAGUACUAGAAAGAGUCUCCAGAUUCAUUGACGAUCGCUAUGAGCGUUUCCAAAGCGAUCCGAUUGUUGCUACCAUGUGGGCUAAGCCAGAUGAACUUCCUGUUGUUUCGACGGAGACUGCAAGAGUAUACGUCAACACAUACUUUAGCCAAGUCCACCCAGUCUAUCCCUUUCUGGAUAGAGCUGUCUUUGAACAGAGGAUUUCACUACCAGAGAUGGCAGAAGACCUAGCAGCAGAUAAACAUUGGACUGCACUAUACUAUACGGUCCUCGCUCUAGGAUGUCAGUAUCAUGGAGGUGGUGCGUUCGAGCCACGCAAAGGAGAGGCGUGGAAGUUUUAUCAAAUGGCCCUGAGCCUGUUUCCAGAUAUAAUAAUUAGUAAAAAGAGUCUUGUGAGCGUGCAAGCUAUAUUUGCGCUCAACCUCUCCUACAUGCACAUAGAUAGUCUGCUUAUCACAGAGGCAGCUAGAAUAGCCCAAAGUAUGGAGAUGAAUGAGGCCUCAAAAAGGCCCGAUCGUGAUGCCAGGUACCGCACAUUCUGGGUCAUCUAUAUACUGGAGAAAACAUUAGCAUUUACCCACUCGAAAACCUCGGUUAUUAUGGAUUGUAACGUCGGAUGUCCUAUUCCCACCGUCCCAGAGGCAAUAUUCGGUGAUUACAACUGGCUUCUUGCCUCUGCAGGCUUUGCCCGCAUCGCCUCAAGGGCAUAUGAAGGUCUCUUUUCUCUUAGUGCAACUCGGAAUAGCGAGGAGAUUUGUUACCAAAAACUGGAUGUGAUGAAUGAACUUCUUCAGCGCUGGCGGCAAUCGAUCCCUUUACCUUUCCGGCCAGGGGAGAAAUUCCGAGCUCAGUCAUUUCAUAACGCGUCUGAGAUACAUAUUGCACUGCGAACGCACUAUUAUUACUAUGAUGCACUGAUUGCGCUAUGUCGAUUAACUCUGCAGCUGGGGAAGCGCCGGAACGGGCCGCGCGAGAUAAGAAGCAAGAAGGUUUUAAUGCAAGCGACCCGAUCUAUCAUUGAAUUAUGCCGGCACAUCGACAUGGAAUCGUAUACACCAGUCUACAUACUUGCUCUCUUGCCUCUAACAGCAAUGUUCAUCUUAUUCGACUUCGUGGUUCACAAUCCAGCGCACUCGGAGACAUCUAGCAACCUAGCGUUGUUAGAGGUAGCGGGAGGCCAUUUCAGUAGACUUGAAUAUGUCACCGGAGGCUCGUUACCUAGCUCCAUACUGGCUGAGUUUGCCUAUCUAGCUCGGACGUUCGUUCGCAGCUACCAAUGCCAAAAGGAGGAAGAUCAAUCCGUCGCCAACGGAAUCUCGGCCCCAUUGGAUACACAAGAAUCAACGCCUCUUCAUCUUUCUUCGUUUGACAAUAUGACACCGGAAGUUGGGUUUCCUCCAGGGUUUAAUGUAAUGGAUCUCUUUGGAACAUCCGUUCCUUUUGAUCAGUAUUUCCUUUUCGACACCGUCUAG